AGAAUUGGCAUAUGCCCUAACCAAAACCCUAGGAAAUGUCAUCACCGAACUGACUUCUAAUACCGGGGUUUUCCGGAGGUUGGAGAGCAUCGUAACGCCACCGAUUACAACAAUGCCGGAAAACAAACACCUCCACUUCAGAUCUUCCUCCAUUAAAAUUCCUCCGUUUUUCCCUAUUCACAACCACCGGCGCCAACACCAUAACCGACGGCCACUACCUCUCUUCGCCGACCUCAAUCUUUCCAUCUCUUCAAUUCUUAACAGCUCCAAACAUCCAAUCACUCAAUUCAUAUCUUAUAUCAACAAAUUCCAAGCGAGUACUCAGAAACUCCCCAAAUUGUCAAACCCUUUUCACUCCAAAAAACAACCGCCACUGUGCUCUACUUCAUUGGCGUUGAUCCGCGGUGAUGAGGAAGUCGGCGAGGUUACUCAGUCGAGUAAGAGUCAUCCGGUGAGUCGGCACGAUGACGAGCGUGUUCUAAUUAGUGAGGUUUUAGUGAGGAAUAAAGACGGAGAGGAGCUUGAAAGGAAAGAUCUGGAGGAAGAGGCAAUGGCGGCAUUGAAAACAUGUCGACCUAAUUCCGCUUUAACGGUACAAGAGGUUCAGGAAGAUGUGCAUAGGAUCAUUGGAAGUGGGUAUUUCUCUACUUGCAUGCCUGUAGCUGUGGAUACUCGUGAUGGCAUCCGUUUGGUGUUUGAGGUAGAACCAAACCAAGAUUUCCAAGGGCUGGUUUGUGAAGGAGCCAACGUUCUGCCAACAAAAUUUGUAGAGGAUGCUUUUCGUGAUGGAUAUGGAAAAAUUGUAAACAUCAGACGCUUAGAUGAAGUUAUAAACUCCAUCAAUGGGUGGUAUAUGGAGCGUGGUCUUUUUGGCUUGGUUUCGGGGAUUGAGAUUCUCUCUGGGGGGAUUAUCAGGUUACAAGUGUCGGAAGCAGAGGUCAACAAUAUAUCCGUACGUUUUCUUCGUAGAACUGGUGAGCAAACUACGGGUAAGACGAGGCCUGAGACUAUACUUCGGCAACUUAAUACGAAAAAGGGGCAGGUCUACAGUAUGCUUCAAGCAAAAAGAGACGUAGAUACAUUGCUAGCAAUGGGUAUUAUGGAGGAUGUUAGUAUCGUUCCGCAGCCUGCUGGAGACUCUGGGAAGGUGGACUUAACAAUUAAUGCGGUUGAACGUGUAAGUGGAGGGAUCUCGGCUGGUGGUGGAAUUUCAAGUGGGAUCACAAGUGGCCCUCUAGCAGGACUUAUUGGGAGUUGUGCACUUUAUCAUCGAAAUCUCUUUGGGAGGAACCAAAAGAUUAACCUUUCACUAGAAAGGGGGCAAAUUGACUCAAUAUUCCGGAUCAACUACACGGAUCCAUGGAUCGAAGGAGAUGAUAAGCGGACAUCAAGAGCAAUAAUGAUUCAGAACUCGAGGACCCCUGGCACUCUUGUUCAUGGCAAUCAACCCAAUAACAGCAACUUGACAAUUGGACGGAUUACUGCUGGCAUUGAAUAUAGUCGGCCAUUCCGACCAAAGUGGAGUGGGACUGCAGGGCUUAUUUUUCAGCGUGCUGGGGCUCGUGAUGAAAAAGGGAAUCCGAUAAUAAGGGAUUUCCAUAGCAGCCCACUAACUGCAAGUGGCAAUAUACAUGAUGAUAUGGUACUUGGUAAACUUGAAAGUGUGUAUACUGGUUCUAGUGACCCUAGUUCUUCAAUGUUAGUAGUUAAUAUGGAGCAAGGACUUCCUGUAUGGUCAGAUUGGCUAGUUUUUAACAGAGUUACUUCCCGUGCAAGGAAAGGCCUGGUAAUUGGCCCUGCUUGCCUUAACUUGAGUCUAUCUGGUGGGCACGUUGUGGGUAACUUUCCUCCCCACGAAGCAUUCCCCAUUGGUGGAACAAACAGUGUUAGAGGGUACGAAGAAGGGGCAAUUGGGUCGGGAAGAUCUUAUGCUGUUGGUUGUGGAGAAAUUUCUUUCCCUCUGGUUGGACCAGUAGAAGGAGCUAUGUUUGCGGACUAUGGAACCGAUCUUGGAUCAGGCUCAACCGUUCCUGGGGAUCCUGCGGGGGCACGGUUAAAGCCCGGAAGUGGAUAUGGUUAUGGAGUCGGUAUGCGGGUCGCCUCUCCGUUAGGGCCUCUUCGAUUGGAGUAUGCUUUCAGUGAUCAGGGAACAGGCAGGUUUCACUUUGCAGUUGGCCAACGAAACUGAAGUUUUAUUUACCCUCAUUUGAAUUUAAAUGAAUUAUUUUGAUCAUAUUUAUUUUUAAUUUUUUGUUUAAUGUGUUGAAACAAGGGAUAAAAAAUGUAAGAAUAUAGCAAUCAAUGUUUUAUUGAAUCUUGAAAUCUUGAUUGGUUUUGA